UGCUAAAAGGAUGCGAGAUGAGUCCUUCUCCCCGCAAGGAGACAACAAAAAGCAGCGACUAGUGAGCCCAAGCCAACCGUUGUCGUACGCACAAGCAGCGGCAUCUGACCUGACGAUCGUCAUUACUGACGCGAAGUCGGGGAAGAUCACCGCUGACCACUCCAACGCCAUCCUCCGCGGGUUGCACCAAGCAAUCGUGGAGGAGGCGAGGAGAAACCUCGUAGGAGCCAGGCCACCCAAAUUCAAGGGCAAGCCCAUCUUCGCUGAGGGGCAGCUGAGGGUCUUCGCAGAAGACGAAUACUCGGCCGCCUGGUCUCAGCGAUGUGUCCAGGCCCUAACCCUGCCAGACAUCUCCCUUAAGGCGGUUCGCCAGUCGGAGAUGGCAAGGAGAAUUAAGUGCGGGCUCCUAAUACCCAACAUUAAUAACUCGUCCUGGGAAGACGUCCGUCAGGCAGCUGACGGACUAAGGUACCAGAACGAAUGGGCCAAGGUCGGGUCUUGGUCCAUUAUACAAAUACUACGGCAAGACCAGGGGUGGUUUGUCGAGUUCACAAUCCCCGAAGACCUCGUCCCCGCCUUCAUGGAGAGGGGGAGAUCCCUGAACUGUGGGGUGGGCAAUGUCUACCUCAGGUUCAGGGGUCCCGGAGGCAAAUACCUGGACCAGCCUCCCACCCUGCAAGGUUCCACCCUAAGGGUAACGGGAGUACAGGUCCCCAACGAACAGGCCGCGGGCACCUCCGAGCAGAGCAAGUCUGUCUCCGGGGAGAAAGUUGCCCCCCUGCCUCUACCCAAGCCGACGAUACCCGAACUCUCGGAGGAUGAGCUCCUUGGCACUGGUGAGGGACCAGCCGGGUCAUCAUCCGAGGGUGAGGACUUGUCGGCUUGGAUAGUGUCGGGGUUGGCCGACAUGUUCAAGGAGGGAGGGGAGAUGCAAGAUGCCGCCCCCACCACCGACAACAUGGACACCAACUAGUGUCAUCCAAGCAAACCUCCAGCACAGCGUGGCCGCUACGGCCCAACUCAGACGCUGUCUGGUAGGUUUGCCAACAGCCGUUGCCCUCCUACAAGAACCAUGGGCGGGCAAUGGAUACAUACGCGGGCUGUCCGACACGAAAGGCUGUCGCGACCUAGUCCUCGCCUCGGCGUACAUGCCCGGAGAGGACGAGCCACCGCCUGCCGAACUACAACGACUGGUCAGCCACUGCGAGAGAUCAGGCCUCGCAAUAAUCAUCGGGGCCGACUCCAACGCACACCACCCACUGUGGGGAAUGGAGACCAGCAACAACAGAGGUAAGACACUUGUUGAAUAUCUUGUGACUACUAAUCUAAACAUUCUAAAUAUAGGCGCUGAACCAACAUUUGUAAA